AUGCAUUAAAUUCUUAAUAAAUAAUAAAUUAUUUAGUUUAUAAUUCUCUCAAAGUUUUUAAGCUUGUUAAAUAUUUAAUACAGUAAAAAUUGUUAUAUUAAUUAUCCUCCCCCCCCAGUCUAGCCAACGAGUAAGAAUGUGAAGCUUCUCUUUAGGGGCUCAGAUUUUUUUUGUUCCUCAGGCAUCUUGUUUGUUUCUGUCGAAGUACUUCACUCGGAAGGCUGAAGAGGCUUGGAUAUAUGCUGAAGAUGAGUCCUCCGAAUUCAGGCAGAGGCAGAUAUCUGAGUACCACAUUAAAUAGGAGCUGUUCAUUCCCUGUAAAUUUUAUACAAAAAGAAGGAAUGUUAAGAAAAAGAAGGUAGGAGUAUUAAGAGGUAGAGCUGAGAUGAAACCUACCCUUAAAGUAGUAUUCUUUAGCAAGUUAAGUAAUACAAGCGCGUCGAAGCCUGGUCGUGGAUCCGAAAAUAUCAACCAAGUUGGUUACCUGAGACUCAAUAGGAUCUUUUUUAAUUAUGAGGAACCCGUAAAAUUUUAGUAAAGUCAGUUAUAAAUUGAAUUAAAAAUUUUAGGAACCCUAUUAAAAUAUUUUAAUGAAAAAUGUAUAUAAGGGAAAUUACUAGAACAUAACCGGGCAUAUUUCAUGACUCAAUGUUCCGAUUCUUGA